AUGUUUUCUCCCUUUUUUUCUCUCAACUUCCUUCUCAAUCCAUUUUUACACGCACUCUCCCAUACUCCACCAUUCUUCACCCAUCUCAUUUCUCUCUUUCUCGACGUUCCUCUCUCUCACACACUUUCCCUUCUCAUUUUCUCCCUCUGCAGUCGACGAAAACCCUUCUUCGCCUCUUUUUUUUCUUCGGUUCUGUUUUCCCAUGAUUUUGUCUUGUCAGUCCUUGGCUUCAUCGCAGUCUCUCUUCUCACCCCUCAUUCUGGCUGGCUGGUUAUUGAUUUUCAUGAGAUGAAUAAUGCUGCAAAUCGCCUCGUGGCAGCCCUCUCUGUGCCGAGAUACCGAAAUGUGAAGCAUAUAAACCUUGAGUUUGCAUGCGAUGUUGAAGACAAUCAUCUUGAAAUCGUCGAAAAUGGCUUUGUAGUCCAAACAGGAGAUCCUAAAGGUCAUGUUCAGGGCUUUAUUGACCCCAGCACAGAGAAAACCCGUGCUAUUCCUCUUGGAAUUAUGGUGAAUGGAGAAAAUGCGCCCUUAUAUGGAGAAACUCUGGAAGAGGUUGGUCUAUACAAGGCUCAAAUGAAGCUUCCAUUUAAUGCAUUUUGA